AUGGCUCAGUUUGAUUACUGUAACACACAGUGUUGUAUCAACCUAUUAUCCAAUUCAGUAUACAUGACAUGCCCCUUUUCUAUACUGUACUGCACUACUACAAUCGCUCCUGCCCUAACUUUUGCUGCUCCAUUUCUUGAACAGCUUACGGUAAAUGCCAGCAAAGAACGAACUAUGAAACAAAAUCUGCCAAUCUAUAAAUGUCUCAAGCAGAUUCUUCAGAUCAUCGACAAUUCUAAUCCCGUUGUUAUUGUGGGUAGUACUGGAAGUGGUAAAACAACUCAACUACCACAGUAUCUCCUUGAGAAUGGUUAUGGUCGCCAUGGUGUUAUUGGAGUAUCUCAGCCCAGACGGGUUGCAGCUAUUUCAGUAGCUACAAGAGUUGCCGAAGAGAUGAAAUGUGAUCUAGGGUCUACCGUUGGUUAUCAGGUUCGUUUUGAUAAUUGUACUUCAGAUGAAACCAAGAUCAAGUAUAUGACAGAUGGAUGCUUGCUGCGCGAAUUUCUUGAUGAUCGAUAUCUAAGCCGAUACAGUGUCGUAAUUCUAGAUGAAGCUCAUGAAAGAAGCCUAGAUACGGAUAUUCUGUUUGGCUUAUCAAAAGCACUAUUCUUGCGUACUGAUGAAACAGAUGAAGAAUCGACCCCAAGUAAACGUAGCAACCCUCUUAAAGUGAUCAUCAUGUCAGCGACCCUUAAUUAUCAGCAGUUCUCUGAAUUUUUCAAUAAUUGUCCAGUAUUUAAUAUACCUGGACAAAUCUAUCCUGUUGAAGAAAUUUAUUGUAAUUAUAUUACCGUUAAGAAUGUAGAUAAUCCGGGUUACAUAUCAAAGGCUGUAGAUACGGUUAUGGACAUCCAUAUGACUUGCCCUUCAGGCGAUAUUCUUGUUUUUCUGACUGGCCAAGCUGAAAUUGAAAAAGUUUGUGAUAUGUUGUAUGCAAAGGCGGAAAAUGUAAAUUAUCAAUACGAUGUUCAAGACGAACGCGUAAAGGCUAUGCUAAUUUUGCCUCUCUAUGGAUCAAUGCAAACAGAUUUGCAGCAGAGAGUGUUCGAUGAAUGUGAGACGUGGAUACGUAAGAUUAUAGUUGCUACUAAUAUUGCUGGAACAUCACUUACUAUUGAUGGCAUCAGAGAUGUAUAUGAAAAGGUUAUGAAAAAAGAUACCAUCCCGGAAAUUCAGCGUGCAAACUUAAGCAAAGUUGUUCUAAGCUUAAAAUGCAUGAAUAUAAAUAAUGUUCUUCACUUUCAUUACCUUGAUCCACCUAGUGAACGCUUGCUUUUGCGGGCACUAUGGCAAUUAUAUGUAAUUGGAGCUAUCAAUAAAGAAGGGUAUGUGACCGAAAGUGGAAGAAAAAUUAUUCAGUUUCCAGUUACACCAAAUUUAGCUAAGGCGCUUGUAGAAUCAUGGAAAUAUAACUGUUGCGACUACCUUCUACCUAUAGCAGCAAUGCUGUCUGUAGAAAAUGUAUUCGUUAAACCAGGACGAGAAGAUAGGAUGGAAGAGGCUAACAAUGCUCAUACAACGCUGGCAGAUUUGACUGGUGGAAAAAAUGAUUUUGCAACUUUACUUUCUGUAUAUAGUAGCUAUCAUGAUAGUACUUCGCCUUCGAGAUGGUGUAAAGAUAACUAUAUUCACAUGCGAGCUUUGAAAACUGCUACUUCUAUCCAUAAACAGUUACGGCGAAUACUUACAACGAUUAUGCAGACGGAAGAAAAUCAACCAAACCUUUCAUCACAAGGGAAAUCUAAUGAACGACUUCGUCGUUGUUUAUGCGCUGGCUAUUUCUGCAAUAUUGCGAGAAAAUGCGAGGUUGGUCGUAGCUUUCGCACCAUGGAUGGUCAUGGCACCGUUAUUUCUAUACAUCCGUCAUCAGCGCUUCAUGGCAAGGAAGAUAUGCUUGAUUGGAUAAUAUUUCAUGAAAUAGUAUGUACUAGUAGAGUUUACGUCAGGAUAGUUUGUCCGGUGAAACACGAAUGGGUGAAAGAUUGGCUACCGAGGUUGCACGAUGUUGAUCCAUACGCCUUGAGUCAAUGUCUAACAAUGGCCAACAAUAGCCAAUCUGUGACUGUAACUGAUAAUACCAACUCCACUCAGAAUGAUUCAUCUGACUUUUUACAUGAAGAGAUCAAGAAGUUGCAACGUAGAAAUACUGGUGAAUCAGUUAUGGAAGCUAGAGAGCGUUUUUAA